UUUUGGACGAUUAGAAGAAUACAAUAAUGUAUUCUAACAUAAUAACAAUAACGAAAUUAAGUUUGGACGUGAUUGUUAUUGUGCUGAAUUGUUGAUUGAAUGCAAAUGAUAUGACCGUAUUGACCGCCCGUAAUUGAAUUAUUUGUGUUCCAUUAAAUAACGUUACUUUUGUAGCAUAUGCUGUUUAAAAAUUGCUGGGUUUAAAACUAAACAGUUGACUUCAAUUUACAAAAAUAAACACAACCACAACACGAUUGUAGAGCAUAUUCAUCUUUCUACUAAUGACGAGGUUGCCAGUAAAAUCAAAAUCCCACGAUACAAAGGGUUUAAAACAGCAAGAGAGCACUUUCCAAAAUGAUACCUUUUCCCCGUCCUUGCGGGUACAUUCAUUACCCUGCCGUUCAUUACCCAGCUGGCAACACAUGUUAAUAUUUUCUACGAGUAAUUGAAUCAAAAUAUCGCUAAGAUAAACAAUCCGAAUCACGGAUCGAUGCGAACAUAUGCAGAAUUGACAGAUACCGCGAAAUUAAACGGAAUGCCCGACACUACCCUCCACAGAUAUAGCGCUUCGAACGGCUUGUUCUCCAGAGCCCACAUGUCAGGCUUGUCAAAUUGGACAAAAAGGCAAAUAUAACGACAUUUUAGACGACCUUUACAUUUCUUCGUUUUGCCCAGAUAUACAUACAAAGUCCAUCUAUAUUAAAUCUUCAUUUUCAUGAUCGAACAAAAUAAUCAUUACAUUUUGGAAGCGUUUCAAUAAACUUUGACACUACUGACACCCGAACCAGGCUAGAAACAUUUGCAAACCGUAUGCUAGUUCAUGCGUACCGAGAGCAAACAUCAUAUCGAUUAGCGCGGAAAACCCACUUGAGUGUCCCUUCCUUAUAAUCCUUCCCCAGUGAAUGACAAUCAUGGAUGAAGCAAAACCUGCAACCCAACCUAGCUAAACAUUUAUUUUACAACAACAGUUUACAUCUACAGUACUUCGGGUGAGUUGAGUUCCAAUUGAAAGUGGAAGAAGGCACAUCUGAACACAGCAAAUAGAAAUUGGUUCGUUUGAUUUGUUCGACGAUUUUCACCACUUUGCAACGUUACUCUUUCCUCGCCCAUGCUCGUUGCAGCGCCUUUUUUACACCACCGCCAAUCAAAUUUGGUUACACACUCAUACUUUCGUACAUGAUCAUGUUCAUAACAAACGGCAAUGGUGUUCUGUGUGAUUAAACGUAUCCGCUUUGUUUUACUCUAACAGGGCACAAUACACUCGCGUCGCCCGGAUGAAUAAUUAAUCAAUUUGCACUGAAAUUCCGAAGGGACAACGGAAUUUACGCGACUCAAUGUCUGCUUUUGAGCUGCGUAUUGUAUUGGCAAACAAACCCAAUAUUGCCCGCCAAAAGACAUUGCAAUUUUGAUUGCUUACAUUAUUUACGAAAACUCGAUAAUUUAAGUAAAGGCAAGUAAAACCAAAAUGUACGACCAAAAGGAUAAACCUUUUAAAUGCGCUGCAGAUGGCCUAUGGAGUGGCCCAAACUCUUCCUUCACUCAUGUCAAAUGUUGAUUUCAAAAUAAUGAAUCUAUGAAAUUGAUUAUGCAUUAAUGUUUUCAUAAUAUGGUUUAGUAAAGAUAGUAGCUAAUUUUUUUGAAUACAUUAGAGCAAAAAAGUGUUGCUGCCGUAAUAUGGAUUUCAGAUACGAUGAAGUGGUAAAUUCUAAAGGCUGUGGCUACACUGUCCGUACUCGCUAGUGUUAUGUCGAUUUUUACUAGCGCAUCUGGUGGCGGCUCGAGGCAUUUUGCAAAACAAUUUGGUGUCAUGUUAUGUUAGACGGAAAAUAUAUUAUUUUUCAAGUUUUUUUUUACUUAAACUGGAAUGGAAAAGCUUGAUAAUUGAUAGAUAAAUACAGGGUGGCUACUCGAAUCAGGAUUUUAAAUUCUCGGUUUUUCCCGGAUUUUUUGGGGUUUUCCGGUUCACUAUGCAUCGUGUGCCGGUUAUCUUAAGCUAUUUAAAUAUGCAUUCUUUAUAUUUUUGGAAGUUUUAUAUGAGCAAACAACUGAAGAAAAAACGAAGUAAAAGCUUUAAAAUACUGCUUUUUGGUGGUUUAGUAUCAUGGCACUAACGGGUAAAGACUUUACCCCGUGACAAAGAUAUUUUGCAUAUGCUAUCAAUUGUUGAUUAACAGAUAUCAUCAUACAACCUUAAACAAGGGUAAGCGGAAGUAAUAGACAAACCAGCCACUGGAGAAAGCAUAAAAAACCGUGAAGAACAUAAUUCUGGUGAAACAACAGUCAUGCAUUAUGCUGUUACUCGCACGACGCUGAUGAUGCACCUCACGACUACAUAUAUGAGAUUUCAGGGGUUUUCUUAAUUGUGGGUCACUUUCUUGAUUAUGUUUUACGGGAAGUGUACUUUAUGUGAUAAGAAGUGGGUUCUACGGUACCCUUUUUGAAUAGGCUUUUAUCUAUUUUCGCUUGCGUAGAACACACAAGCUCAUGGUUUCAUUUUUUACCCAUUCCAUUCCAUACGAAAGAAUCCACAAUAAUGGCUGGGCUAUCAUAUCAGAACGGUUAUUCUUCGAUUCUCGGAUACGGUGAGGAAGGCAGCAAUGCCGAUCCAUAGCUCUAAUGAAGAAUGGAUGGGUUAGUGCAAAUCUCGUGAAAACAAAGGAGCAACGGUCGGACUGCAGAAGCGACGCCAGCUCAACCUGCGCGUAUCAGUGUGGGAACCCAUUCAACCGGGAUGAAGAGGCCCCAAAACCAAAAUGCAAAAUGACAAUGUACAGGCGAUGUGUGAGUGGGUAACCUUAAUUCGACACGACCGCAACUUCACGAGAAAUCAAUAACAAAAGACGAGUGCAAGGUAGAACGAAGAGGCACACCAUACCCGAAAUGCACAAUAACCGAUAUCGGUGAACGUACACACAUUUUUUUUACCGCAGUUAAGUAAUUUUUGACUGGAUUUUUUUCAGCUGUAAGUUCAGUAAUCGUUUCAGUGAAAGUAUUUUUACUGAACCGUGCAGUAAUUUUGAAUGCUGACUAAAGUGGCGGCUCGUUUACUGAAAUCACAGUAAAGCCAUUUUGAUAUUACUGAUUGUUCAGUAGUUGAUAGCGAUUAAAAAGUAGCGAAAAAACAUUCAAAUUAAGGUUUUUAUUGAUACAUGGGGUGGCAGUCCGUUCAGCUCAUGUUCAUUCAUGUUUCAUAGAGUUUGAUACAGAUUUAAACUGUAUUUUUUCGACCCAAGGUUGAUGCUACGGUUCGCACUCACCCUUAUCACGAAAUUUCAGCAAGUGCAGCACAGAUUUGACACACCAACACGGCUGCAAAUUCAUUCAAAUUAAUCCCGCAAGCCGAAAUCUCACCUGAAAUUUUAUCGCAGUGCCUGUAAGCGCCUACCAAAUCAUCUUUUUGUUCAUCACGACCAAGCGGGCAUCGCAUGUUUUGUUUUGAGGCUGACUGACUGACAGGUCGGUUUGAUAGACUGAAUUGCUGCGUUUUCAGUAAUUUGUUUUACUGAUAUCCAGUGAAAGGACAAAUUUGACACUUAUUUUGCUUAUUUUCAGUAAAAUUUGUAUUACUGAAAUGCAUUAAGUAAAUUGUUUGACUGAAAAUCAGUAAAAAUAUGACAUUAAUGCUGAAAUUCAGCAAAACUAUCUAUUACUGAAUAGCUUUCACUAAAAAAUAUUACUGAAGCAAACUUAGAAAAUUUGCUGUGUAGGUAUUGCACCAGUGCGAAUGAGAAGUACAUAUAUUGCAUACCAUAUGUGAGAAACGGAAAAUGUUGUCGAUACACAUUGGUGUGAUGUUGCUGGCCUGUGAUAAAUUGGGAACAAUAUACAAAGUAUCCCGUUAAUUUUAAAUGCACUUGGUACGAUGGUAAACAAUGAUCGCAAAAAUUUGUGACAAUUUCUCGGUUUUUUUUGUUUUUUUGAGAUUUUCCCGGUUUUCCCGGAAAAAUAAAAUUCCCGGCUAAUUCCCGAUUUUCCCCGGUUUUCCCGAUUGAGUGGCCACCCUGUAAAUAUGUUGUGCAAAAAAGCGUCGAUCAGACGCCGCCAGAUGCGCUAGGUGAAAUCGAAAUUACACUAGCGAGUACGGACAAUGUACCCCGGCCUUACGCUAUGAUGUUUUACUUUUGCUACGACCUUUGCUACAAAAUUUAAGAAGAAGAAAAAACAGUUUAGUCGCCGUUACAAAUAAGAAUUUUAACAUCUCCAUCGUAAAACAUGAGAAAAACUAUAAAACACACAGUCCACUAUUGCCAACUCCACCAAUUACUAAUACCAAAACCACCAAUUACUAAUAAUCUUUAUGUUAUUUCUAAAUGUUCAACUUUUUAGAAUCACGCUUAAAACUUUUUAGAAUCACGCGCUUUCUUAUUUUAUUAAACAUCCUUGAAGAUACAAAGAAAACAUGAAGAACUAUCAUUAAAAAAUCAUUUAAAAAACAGUUCAUAGCCAAAAAAUGGAUAAAAAAUUUGAGGGAAACCGACACUAGUUCUAGUUCGGUCACAGAUAGGAGAGAUUCCGAAGUACCAACGAAUUAACCGAGAUCGCUACGAACCACAAGAAAAAAUCCUUCACCUAAAAUCUACAAAUUAGUAUAAUUGCAUUAAUUUUUAAUAUAUUCACAAAUACCAACAUGAACAAAGGCAAAAUGAGAGCGAAAGGACAAUGUCAUAAAAAAAUGGAUUGUUCUUUGUAGAUACUCUCGGUGACGCCGCUCCUUUCUUUUCCACGUCCACGUUUUUCAAGUCCUUUAUAUGUAUGCCACCAUUCCGUGCCUUCCCUGUGCUCCUUAAUUGUCUCUAUCUAUCUAUCUCACACUAUUCAUAUCACAUCACCUCUGUCCCUUUUACUCUGAGCCUUUAAAUUCUCAAAGAUAUAUUUCACCCUUUUCCAGUAACCGUACAUACCCAUUUUUUACACUUUUCUUCAUUCCUGAUUGUGUUGAGUGGCUAUCGCUUUUUCAAUUCUCCAAAGGGAAUUGAUGAUAAAAAAGCGACUUAAGUAAACGAAACUUACAAACGCGUAGAGGACAAUUACUGAGCUGAACCAUCUUUGUCGCAUAUUUUCUCGUUUUUCCCUGUCACUAAGAGCUGAUUGAGCUUUACAACAAUAAAACGUUUCAUUCGACAUGGUGUAAAAUGUUGAUCAGCAUGUACUAGGUACGCGCUAUGUAGGAUCGUAUGGUUUCAUAACGCGCCGCUUUCCAUCUUUCAUUCCGGUUGCAAGUUAAGAAACGAAACCACAUAAUAACCACCCAAAUAAAUUUACCCAAUACUACCAAAACUAUCAAAACUGUUACUAUCAAAGAAAAUUAUAAUAGGGACGAUUGGUUUCCAAAACAUUCACAAACUGAAUCAAAACUGGAGCUAGUAUAAGGAUUCAAAAGCGUUAAAACAUAUAAAAAACUAGAUAAAAAUCGACAACUGCAGAAGCAUUUAAACAUAAUUUAUGCCAAAAUAAGGCGUGCAGAACAUGCAGAUAUGUUACUUCUUUUUUAGACAAACUUUAAGUAAAAUCUAUACCAAUGAUAAGAAACGAAGUAGAAGUAUAAAUAAAAAAAACAUUUAACAUUUUACUAGAUAAAUGAAACUAAAGCAUAAUUAAAACUACACUCCCUAAUUUUGUGUGACACGUCAUACAUAUUACAUUACUUUAAAAAAUAUAACUUAGUCAUCACGCAAGACUGGAUUGUUACUAUCAUAAUAAAACGCUAAAUUAUAAUAUAUACAAACUCACGUACAAUUACAAUGUUGCAGCGCAGAAAACGAAUUCACCUUCAAAUAUUUACUGUCAUUUUGGAAAAUUUCAACCGUACUCGCUUCGUCGUUUUCAGCGACGUACCCUACUCUGCGAACCACUACAUGCAGGCGCACUCUUUACCCGUAAGGAGGGAAACGGAUGGCCAAUUUUGCAUACACUUCGUUUUUAUUAUUUGCAAACCAUUAACCAAAAAUACCAUUUUGUAAAGGCGCAACAACCUACGGAGAACGAUAGAACAAAAUACGAGGACAAAUUCCCUUUAGCUUAACCAACGUUGGGUUUGUUAUGUAUGCUGCGCGAUUCGUGAACAGGAAGUAUAAGCAAAAUCUUCGUAAAAAUAAAUAAAUAUUACAAAGCAAAGAGUACAUUAGACUAAACUAUGAGCAAUAAUAUUACUAUUAUUUUUUUCUAAUUCUCGAGUUAACUUAUACAGCAAUUACAAUAGCACAUAAUACAAUUUAAAAAAAUCUAAGAAGAUGAUUUUUGACUAUCACCCAUGUUAUAGUUGUCCAAAUUGCUUACUGGUUAAUGUAUGUCAAAAAAAAUGUCUGCAUAAUGCAAUAAACAACUAUAUACUGACAUUUCAUAUCACUUACACAUUGCAUCUUCGGUUUCGAUUUAUUUUUGUGAUUGAGUGAUUGAAAACCCAACAAUUAUGAUUUGUAUUCAAACUACACAAAUCAAAUUACUAUGUAUUCGGAAUGCUUUGAAAGCGACCACUAAUUUAGAAAACCACAAACGGUUAACGGUACUGGGAAAAGAUAAAUCAGGUUUCAUUUAUUUCCCAGCGGUACCAUAGAAAUCUACUAGCAGCACACGACACGGCGAAGUGCGAUACAAACAGAAACGCAAAAUAGAAAUACCCACCAGAACAGCACCAUACAUUUUCUCCCUACGGCGAGGACUCGUUUUUUACCCUUACUCAAAACCGCGUUUUUUUCCUCUAUUAGAAAACAUGAUUGUUCCGACAUUUCUCCACAACCUUCGUCGAAUCUAAGUACGCAUCUUUUGCGGUAUCACCAAACGAAGAGGAAUUUGGCCGGCUGGCUGGCUGGCUGGCUGGUUGCGGUUGCAAUGUGUUCCCCCGCGCUCUCUGACAGUUAUAUGAUUGCGGGGAGAGCGAGUCAGCGAAAAAAUCAUAGAUGAAAUUGUUAAACAAAUACUCUCAACUUGAUUCGAUUUUUUCUGCACCCCAAGCCACACCACCAAACAUUCAAUCUAGCGUUCUUUACUACAAAUGAUAACAGCGGUAUUUGCGAUUGCCUCAAUUGAUAUCCAAGAAGCAAGGCUUUUCUUCUCAACGAUGAUGAUAGUAAUUCAACCCAUUUUUUUAUCAACUUUUUUUUAAAUAUCAAUUUGAUAUUAAAAAUCAAUACUGCUGUUGUAACAGGGUUGGUCCCGUGGUACAAUCGUCAUCUCGCAUGAUUCAACAACAUGCCCUUCGUGGGUUUAAUCCUCACAUGGACCGUCCCAUCGAAGCAAGGACUGACUAUCUGGCUACGUGAUACUUAAUAAGUCUCGAAAGCCUGUAUAGGCCGGCAUGUCCGCGCAGGACAUUACCCCAAUAAAAAGAAGAAAUUCUUCAAAACAUUUAACAUAAAAAAAACUGUUUAAGAAAAACUUAAUCAUUACUAUCAUUAUAAAAAGUAAGGUAUUAUAAUAAAUUUGACCGACGCAUGCUUAUUUUUUAUCAACCGUUCGACGAACUAUGAGCAAUUUCUUUGGCAAAACAUGUGUUUUCAUUGUUUCUUCACUAUUUACGUAUGAUUUGUACGCACCAAUUCAUAACUGACAUGAUUUUUAACGUCAAAUGUUUUCUUUAUUACUCUUAUACUACUCUCUCCUAUCUAGCGCUCUCCAACUCUAACUCUCUCUAUCUAUCUCUCUCUGUAUCUCUAUCUCUGUCUAUCUCUGCCUCUCUCAUGCCUCUCUAUCUCUCUCUAUAUAUCUUUCUCUCUCUUUAUGUCUAUUUCUCUCCGAUAUUGUAUAAAGCUAUUGCCUUCUCGUUUUCUCACAGUUUAUUAAUCUCUCGUAUGCGUUUUUUACGAUCAUCUCAUGCUCUACAGUCUGUGAGAGGAAAAACAUGUGCCUAGGUACUCCUAUCGUACGUAAUUAAAUAUGGGGAGCAUUCUAAAGAUGACCAAGGAAGCAUUCGUUCGAAUUCAAUUCAUUGCCAACCGUCAACGAGGUAAGGUCGGAAAACAAAUCCAGUAAAGUUCAAACUGGCAACGCCAGUAUUCGUGAUUCAAUAUUGAUAGAAAAAUUAUGUUACAAAAUUUAAAAAAAAAGUAAAUCAAGUUAAGUGAUCUGUGUGUUUCGUGAAAUAUCUUCAAGCCUUUGUGACAAGUUCCGCACUCAUGUUGGAGACUUGGGUCAACUCGAAUGCACCGGAUGUGGUUCUGGAGGUAGGACCACAUCCUUGCAGCACGCGUUUCGCUGCACAUUCAUCUGUAUUAGCUACACACAGUGGAUAUCUUCGCGCUGCUCUUCAAAGGCAUGAAUCACAGCAUACCAGCACAAUUGCCUCGUUACGAAGAGUGCAACAUCAUUCUAAUGGGGCAGCUAUUGGUGUACCAUCUGAGUUGUGUGCAUUACCUGCUACUAAUACAACCACAUGUUUGUUGUAUUUGCCAAACGUAUCUCCCGAGCAAUUUACUCCGUUACUAUCGUAUAUGUACACCGGGUACCUGGACCUCUCGAUGGAUAACAUUUUUGGUGUACUCCUAGCUACUCAUUUACUACAUAUGCCACGGGCUUUGGAACUUUGCCGAACGUAUCUCUCUUCAUCCGCUAGUUCUACCAACCCAUCUACUUCCACCAUGCUUUUAGAACCAUUGCAGCGCAAUUUUUUCAUCGCAAAAACUGAACCAACCGCUGCUCCUACGUUCUCAGUAGCCAACGGAGCUUCAAGAUUAGUUAGGCCAAUUGCAAGCAAACCAAUGGCCACCAUCGGAUUGAAUUUUAUAGUACCACCUGCCGCAUCCCAGAUUAAUCUUCUGCCGAGUGCACCAUUUAGAAGUCUUGGGACUAGCGUGCUGGACAUAGAUAUCCAGCCCAGAUAUCCAGAAGAGGUAGAUAAUGAAACUCACUCUCCUUCACAAAGUCCCAUAAGUGUAACUCGUUUUGAAGAAGAAAGCAGAACGUCCUUAACAACUCAAAAUACUUCUGCGUUGGAAGUUGAUGUUAACAACAUUGAUUUCAUGUGUGACGAAAAUAUAACUAAACCAAAUGAUCUUAAGCAUACAGAUCAUAAUAAUGCAGAACUAUCUGGUUCAUUGGAUAAUGAGAACCUUGCGAAUAAAUGUAACCCUCAGACUAGUUUCACUAAACGGCAAAAAUCCCAACAAGACACUGUUAAUGACAGUACAAACAGUGUUAUUAUUGAUAUUGCUAGUUGUGAUGGACCUGUGCGUUUUCGCCGAGUGUUGAAUGUCAUGUACGGUUGUAAUACAAAUAACCACAAUACAGAUUGUGCUGAUACAGAGGACGCACCGUACUUAGCCGAAACAGAAACUAAUGUAAAAAAACGAAGUAUUCGCUCUUUACGAUAUGCCUCAUCAUUUCAUCAACAGAUGGCGCGCAACAUCAGUAACACUGGAAAGCUCGCGUAUGAAAGCACGUCAUCGUCAUCGACCGGUAGUUGCCAAAAAUUUCAAAGUCAACAAACGCAACUGCAGACAGUUGCUGCCACGCCAUGUGCAGGACAACAGGAAAAGGAUCCAAAGGAUGAAAACAGUCAAGGAGAUGUAACACCCUAUAACGUCGAACAUGUUACCGAUGCUGAAGGCAGUUCAAACUACACUUGCGUAUAUUGCAAGCAUUCUUUUAAAUCCCAUUAUUGUUAUCAAAAGCAUGCUAAAAGACAUUUAAUACCUCUUUGCUUAGACAACAGAGCGACACCAUACUCCGAUGUGACAAAAACUAAAACAGUUGUAACUGCCCAGCCUAGGUCAUAUGAUGCACGUCGUCGUACACACCAAAAUUCCACCAGCAACAACAAUACGAUCAGAAGAGAAGUGAAACCUCUUGACAUGAAUGUGCAGUAUUAUCCAUGCAAAACUUGCGGUAGCAAGUUUCCUAGUUACUAUUUUGUGCAUAAGCAUAGAAAACUGUGCCAUACGGAGGAGGAAGAUGAUAAUCACAGUACAAACGCUACAUCUCAUAACACAUCUGCACAUGUUUCCAAGCGAGCACAUGUUGUGGAUGAAGCUUUACAAACGGAACAAGCUAGCGCUGAACCAGUAAAACGGUCUGACUUGCUAGCGAAUGUAGAUCACUCACCACAUCAAAUAGAACAACAUUGACAAACAUAAUGAGAGCUUUUAGACGCAACUAAACUCAAACUUACUAAUUAAAGUAACAUUAAAUAUAAUUCUGCCAUUUUCACAUCUUUAGUAACAUAUCACAAAUAUUUUGGACCAAAAAUAUCACAUACUGUUAUGAACACGUAGUAGGAAAACUAAAAAAAAUAUAUAUUUUACCUCUAGCUCAGAUUUACUAUUUGAGAUCACAAUUGCAUUUAUGCUUAGCUAUAUGAUAAAAAAAUAUCCAAAAAGUAAUAAAAUGUAAUUAUCAUCAGUUGUGAAAUCAAAUCACACUUCGAUAGCUCAUUCUCAAUAUGUACGAAGAUUGUGUUGUUUAAUAAAUUGCCGCAUUUUUUUACACUCCAGCCGAUAAAAUGUCAUAUUAAUUGAUAAUAAGUCAAUAUAAUUACUGCUGCUAAGCAAAGCAUUUAAACAACAGAUGAAAGAGAUAAUUACCUUCUUGAA